AAAACAUGAGAAAUAGAGAUCGGAAGCACUGAUAAAAGGUAGGCGCGUUAAGAAGUCUGGAUUCUGCAAGACAGCUCCAACGAACCAUGGCUUACGUCGAGAGAGGUGUGGUAAAAUCCAAGCGUUCUAUAUGGCGAUUGAAGACUAUCACUGAUUUCUUUUGGUCCAUCAUCAACUUCAUUAGUGUGUUUUUUGUUACUAUGUUUUCGAUGGAAAAAACAGAUUCCUACAGAAAAGGUUCAGGAUCCAGCAAGAAGUGGGAUGGGGGUGGUCCUGGAAGUGGUCCAUAUGGUGGUGGUCCACGUGGGCCACCCCGUGGGUUGGAUAAUGUCCGAGGCAUUGACCACAGCUCUCUUCCUGCCUGUGGUUCUUGCUGCGGAUAAAUGCUGCCUAUGCAACUUUUGAGAAUCUAUGAUUUGGGAUCUUAUUCCAUAAACACAUGUACUGAAUUGGAUGUAGAUUUCUGCACUUGCGUUUACAUUCAAAACUUGGAAGCGUGUUCAUAUGUCCCUUUCAUCCUAAACCUUGAAUAGUAUAACUCAAGAUGGUGUUCUUCUUUUGUAUUUAUACGUCUGUAUGCUGGCUUCUGCUUUUUAAAAAAUCUAUAUAUUUCAACUUCUUUAAAAGGAAAUAAAUUGCAUGUUGGAUAUGAA